AUGGACUUGAAGUCUAUCAUUAGCUGGUUCAAAGAACAUCUUCCCAGCUUUGAUGUCGAUGUUGACAAACAUUUUCGAACUCUGAAAGUACGCAAAUAUUCUCAGAUAUGCCUUUUGAUUUCUUUCAUUAUAAUAUGUGUUAUUAUACCAUUGAUGAAUUGCUUGUUGUUAACCAACAAAUUCUUCAAGAUCUGUCACCAUCUAAAGCAUCAUGUUUUCAAUAGAAGGUCAUGGAUUCACAAAACACAUAUGUAUCACAACCAGUCACUCCAACUAUGUUUAAUGUGCUUUGUUUUCACUUCAAUUUUUGUUGUACAAGGCGCUAACGGAGAUCUCCUAGAAAUCACUAAACGUAUGGGAAGAAUUUCCGUUGCUUUGAUGCCACCUUUAUUAUUCCUAACGUUGAGACCAUCACCAUUACCUCACACGUUGUACUUAGCAUUAUUACCUCUUCACAAAUGGAUAUCCAGAAUUGUUGUGCUUGAAUCUGUUUUACACACGUGGUUCUAUCUCUAUUACAUGUACAUCAAUGAUACGCUGUAUGUGAAAAUGAAAAAACUCCCCAACAUUUAUGGGGUUAUUGCUCUCGGCCUUUUCCUACUCAUUGCCAUUACUUCUAUAAGAUAUGCUAGACGAUGGAGCUACAGAGUUUUUUACUAUGUUCACUAUGUAAGUACAUGGCUUAUUUUGGUGCUUCUGCAUUACCAUGCUCGCCCAGGCAUCUCAUAUUAUACCACUUUAAAUGUGCUCAUCUUAACGGGACAGAUCGUUUAUAGGCUUCAUAUCUCCAAUGUUACGAGAGUUACAAUCGUACCCAUUUCUUCAUCAUUGUCUCUUUUGGAAUUCCCAUUAACCGAUUUACCCAAGCGGCCCAUCCUACCAGGAGGACACCUAAGGAUCAAUAUUUACCAUAGAAACUUCUUAAGGAGGUUACUGUCCCAUUUAAUACCCUUUCAACAUCCUUUUACCAUAGCUAGUAUUCCAAGUGAUAAUUUGGUGAGAUUAAUUAUUAGAAACGGGCAUUUUCCAUUGCGUACAAAUGAAAAGUAUUACAUUACAGGGGCUUUUGAACCUGAGUUGAGUUUCAUUUCCAAACCUAGUUCCCCUUUUGACAUUACCACAAGGUCUUCCAAGAAUCCAUUUCGGAACAAUUCUUCUGCGCUAAUAAAUUCGCCUUUGAAUUUUAUAAUAAAGGCGCAAAGAGUGUUUAUGUGUGUAGGAGGUUCAGGUAUAUCCUUUGGUUUACCAUUACUCCGUAUUCUGAACUUCAACGGUGUAAAUGUUAGGCUCCUUUGGGUUUCCAGAGAUUAUAAGGAUCUGGAAGUAUUAAACCAUUUCAGAAACAAUUUUGAAGGUAUGGAGAUAUACAUUAGCGGAACCGAAGGCAACGAACAGGACAUUGAGAUUGAUUAUAUUGACUAUCAUGAUUCUUCUGCAGAUAUUGAUGAUGAAGGUAGUAGUAUUUCUUCGAGCGAACGACUUGCACAGUUGGGAGAUAAUUCCAUGCUAUCAGAUGGCAAUUCCCAACCUACUGAGCCGAACGAGAACACGGCCCUUCUGAGUAAGAAAUCUACCUUGAGGACCCAUCAGUCACACAAAACAAAUGAUAUACCCGACAUUAAUGCUGACGAUGAAAUAGAUUUUACGUAUGCUUUUAGUAGAUCUAAAUCAACGAAAAAUACUGCACAGGGAACCCUAACUACACAUUCUUCAUUUAAUGGUUCGAGUGUUUUCAGACAACCAAAAGUCAUUGAACCACCUGCCCAAGACCCUUCUUUAGAGGCCCCGCUUAGAAAGAUCAGGAUUCCAGCAGGUGUCAAGGUAUUCUUUGGCAGGCCUACACUUGGCGAUAAGGACUAUGAAUGGUGUCUGCAAACGGAAUGUGAUGCGGAGACGGAUUCUAUUCAAUGUUGCAGGUGGGCGAACCAAGGCAGAGAUCACGCUGAAUAUUUAUCACAAGUAUGGGUUCUUGCUGCCGGCCCCAGAGGCUUAAUUGAAAGCACAAGAAGAUGGGCAACAGAUGGUGGGUUACACUUUCACGGGGAAAGCUUUGCAUUAUAA